AUGCGUCAAAUAUGUCGCGGGUAUCAAUCCGUGCGUCGGCCGGUUAGGGACGAGGUCCGUCGGCCGUUCGCCCAACCGCCCCCGCGUUUCGUUCCAAGGGAGGUAUCGAUCUCCUGGCGAAGGGGUGGCACUGGCAGCAGAGGAGACGGAGGACCAGCAACGGAGGAGCAUAGAGGAGGCAACGGGAGAAGCAGGAGGAGAGGAAACGAAGGCAGGCACACAGAAAACUAGGUUACGUAACCUCCGAGAAAGGUGGCGAAGGCGGCAACGCCGUUGGCAGCACAGACCACAGACAUUCGGAUCCUACUGGAG